GUAGUACUACUAGUAGUAGUAGUAUCUUUCAAAAACAAAAUUCUAAGCAAUGAUUAUUUUAUUCAACAUUCUAACUAUCAUAAAUGUAUCAUUAUAUUUUGUGAAUAGUGAAAAUUCCACUGUCAUUCAACCUGUCAUUUAUGGAGGUCUUCAAUUAAUUGUGAAUCAGAAUGGCAAAUUAGAUUUUAUGAAACCAGAAAUCGUUCAAAUCACUAGUCAAACACAAACACAAAAAAAUAAUGUUCAACCUCAUGAAAUCACUGAAUCUAAAUCACCCAUCAAAGAUGAUAGUUUAAAAGAACAAAGACAUAUGGCACAAAAUUAUUUUUUCCGUAGCAUACAAAUACCGGACAGUUUAAUACAAUUCCUGCUUGAUCGAUUUGUUUCCAUACGUUACACUCUUCAUAAUAGAUUUAUUCGAGUAAAACCAAGGCAUUUAUGUGGUGGUCUUCUAAUUACUAAUGAUUGGGUACUCACUGCAGCGCAUUGUCUUAGUCCAUUUCAAAGUCAUACUGAAAAUCUUCAAGUAGCAAAAUUACAUCAACACAAGGAGACAACAUCAAUUCAAUUUAAACCUGAUGAUGAUAAGGCAAGAUCAGUUGAAACAAUAAUUCUUCAUCCAAAUUUUACACAAGGUCAAAAUUUAUCACCAGAUAUUGGUUUAUUGCGAUUAAAACAUCAUUCUAUGAUUGAUUCACUUACUGAUGAAGUAUACAAUUAUGAAGAUUUAAAAAGUUUUCUAUUCAUAAAUGACAAAUCACUACUGAUUGAUAAUUCAGAAUAUCUAUGUUUAAUUGCAGGCGUUGGUCAUUUAAAAUAUCGUGAUGUAAAGAAUGCCAAUUCAAAUAAUUAUUUUCAUGUUGCUUUUGUACAUCUGGAAUCAUGUGAUAAAUUAUGGACAAAAAUGGAAUUCGAUACAGAAGCGAAACAAGGUGAAGAUCAUGUAGAUCAUCAACAUGAAGAAGACGAUCAAUGGAUCAAAGUCUGCAGACAAAGUUUGAUUGAUAAUACAUUUAGUGAAAAGUGUCCUUUCAGUUAUUUAUGUGCUGGUGGAAGAUAUGUAGAUGGUGAUACGUGUCAAGGUGAUAGUGGAGGACCACUUCUAUGCAUUGAAUCAAAACAUUAUCUGAAUUAUGGAAAGAAAUGGUUCGUUGCUGGUAUUGCAUCAUCAGGAAUUCAAUGUGGUUUGAAUGGGAUUCCAUCAAUCUAUGCACCAAUAAGCGCGUACUUAAGUUGGAUAGAAUCUAUUAUAGGCUAAUAGAAAACUACAUAACCUUUGGAGUAAAUUUUUGAAUUUCAAUUAUGGCUACUUGAAUUUAUUUCAGUAGUUCGACAAAUUUCAACAAAUUAUAUGUUUCAUUGAUUUUUCAGGAUUUAAAAUUGGGUGAUUGAUGUGACUGACACCUUUCUUUGUUUUCGAUUCGUUGAUCACAUUUUUCUCAUAUUCACUAGAUAAUUGUUCUUUGAUCAAUAUUGGAGUUUAUAUUCUUUGAGAAAACCCAUCAAUUUUGAACUUACAAAAGUUACUUUGAAAUACAGAUUUAAAUAAUAUUUAUUGAGAAAUAAAUUAGACUGAAAGAACUAAUAUGAACCCAUUUUUACAGUUUGCAAUCCUUUCUACUCAGACUUUCUACGCAAUGUAGAUCACUUGAUUAUUAUUUUCAUUAUAACCUCAUUCAUCAUAUUUGUUUAUGUGACCAACAUAUGCAUAAGCAAAACCACUCGGACCAAUCACAGAACCUCUUUAUUUUCUGAGAUCAUUAAACUAAACCUCAAAUGAUACAGUGAAUAUAUUGGAGAUGCAGUACCACGAUUUCUUAUUUAUUUUCAUACUAUUUGCCUACAACAAGCAAAUUUCACCACUGUUUGUCUUCCCUGUCUACAACAAAUUGUUAGGCAUGCACACAUGAUUUGGAGAACUAUUGAAGUGAGUUGAUAAACG